AUGGCACCGUCGACACCUCGCGAGGAUAGCUCGCAAGAGGCUGCACUUAUCACCCCCGGCGGGACGUACACCAUUCAGACCGUCUCUGUAGGCUGCAAGAUCUAUGCCAGGCGAUGGAAUCCAGAUACCUCGGCGCUCGAGGAGCGACUGGCAGAAAUUCUGUCUAUACGCGACAAACCCAAUAAUCCUUAUCUCCGCCAUCAGGCAUCCGCGGCCGCCACACCCUCUUCCUCCAACGCAGCCCCAGCGGACCUCUUCGCGCCCGACCCCGAACUCGACAAGUACGAGUUCUUCAUCCAUUGGGAUACAUUCAAUAAACGUCUCGACGAAUGGAUCCCCGGCUCGCGGCUCGUCCUGACCCGCGAGCUCGAGUGGCCACGUCAGAAGAGGGAGAAGGAGAAAGCAGGAAAGAAGCACGGCGGGGCAUCGACGCCGACGAACAAGCGCAUCGGAAAAAUGCCGCGAGGGAAGGAGAACGCGCUUCUGAGACGCGCGACGCUGAAUAACGCGAUCGCGGGGCAGGCCAAGGGCAUGCAGGGUCCUUCGGUGAGCGCGUCGCCCAGUCCUGCGCCAUCGCCAUCCCGCGCGUCCAGUCCUUCCUUGAGGCGCAAGAAAGAGGAAGAGGAGGAGGACGAAGACGCGGACGCGGACGGCGAGCCGGACGAUAUGGAUGUCGAUGCCGACGCGGACGCAGACGCAGAUGCCGAUGGCGAGCCCGAGGGCGAGGGCGAGACGUUCGAACUGGCGGUCGCACCCCCGGUGGAGUCCCCGGCGCCGCUGUCGUCUUUUUCCAAGGAAGCGGAAAUCGAGAAGCUGCGCACGAGCGGGUCGAUGACGCAGUCUGUGUCGGAGAUUGCGCGCGUCAAGAACCUCAACCGCCUGUCCAUCGGGCGACAUGAGGUAGAUGCGUGGUACUUCAGCCCAUACCCGCAAGAGUACGCGCAUUUGCCGAUGCUGUACAUCUGCGAGUUCUGCCUCAGCUACUUCCCGAGCCAUUUCAUGCUCAAGCGGCACUGCAAGCGCUGCACCCUCCUCUAUCCCCCUGGAAAUGAGAUUUAUCGAGAUGAGGACAUUUCGGUUUUCGAGAUCGACGGGCGCAAGCAGCUCGGGUAUUGUCGAAAUUUAAGCUUGUUGAGCAAAUGCUUUCUCGAUCACAAGACCCUCUAUUACGAUGUGACGCCGUUCAUGUACUACGUGAUGUGUCAACGGGAUUCCUCGGGCUGCCAUCUCAUCGGCUACUUUUCGAAAGAAAAGGAGUCGGCGGAGAACUACAACGUGGCGUGCAUUCUGACGCUGCCGCAGCACCAGCGGCACGGCUACGGCGUUUUGCUGAUCGAGUUCUCGUACUUGCUCAGCCAGCACGAGAGCAAGCUCGGGAGCCCCGAAAAGCCGCUCAGCGACCUAGGGCUAUUGGGGUAUCGCGCAUAUUGGGCGGAGAAGAUCGUCGAGGCGGUCCUGGCCGCGGGAGACGAAGUCAGCGUGGACGAGAUCGCGCAGGCGACGUCGAUCACCCAUGCAGAUGUCAUGAAUACGUGCACGACGCUGCAGCUGUUCAAACACUACAAAGGCCAGCACAUCAUCUGCAUCUCGGACGCGGUACUCGAGCGGUACCAAAAGUCUAAGGCGAAGCGGAAACGGACGAUACACAAGGAGUAUCUGAAGUGGCGGCCUCCGACGUUCACGAGAGACCAGCUGAGAUUUGGCUGGUGA